CCAUUAGGAAGUGACGAACCCUACGCUGGUCACUUCGAAAAGGAACGCGCCCAGGUCACCAUUUUGUAGGAUCAUUCCAGACUGAAGCAAUGAAAUGAACUUCUUUCAAAUCGGUCGUUUUUAAAGAAAAACAAAAUAGCAUAGGCGACAUGCGGGCUUGUUUAUAAAUGGAAGUCAUGUCCAAAUACAAAACACGUAUUAAAUUGUUGUGUGGAACCGAGUUGCGUUGCUGCCUCACAGCUCCAGCGUUCCCAAUUCAAUCGGAGCCGGUGGUUUUCGCAAGUUCUCCCUGCGUGGAUUUCCUUCAGAUUCUCUGGUUUCCUCCCACCUCCUACAAGCAUGCCGGUUGAUGGAUUGGCUACUCUGUGCACGGUGUCUUGUAACAGACAGUCAUCCCAUCCAGGAUGUAUUCCCGCCUCGCACAAAGUGUUCCCGGGAUGUGCUUUGGAUCCGUCAUGACCCUGACCGAGAUUAAAUGAUUACCGAAGAUGAACAAAUUGUAACCUGAAUUGAACAAACAAGCUGAACGCUGUAGUGCUGUGACACCGGAGCUGUCGGUUUUCUUUUCAUCACCAGUCAUAGUUACUGUGUUUUGUAUUUGUUUGCGUUUGUGAAUCGACCAAAUCGGACUAAGCAAACUACAUGCGACUGAUCGUGAAGGUUUUGUUACUUUGCCCUUCGGGUCAUUGUUGCAUGGAGAUGCUUGUUGCGAGUGAUUUGUGAGACAAAAACACGGCAGCUUCAGCUUUGAAAAACGGCAUGCAGUUGCAUUCCAUCUGGCUGUUAAUUUUGACUGUUAAACAGGUGACCCUUCAGGGUUGUCAGCGUGAAUGAUGGUGCCUUCGGAGGGAGUAGGGCAUAGUGGUGAUCAUUUCAGAACGGACAGAGGGACUCUGCUGCUGGUUACAGAUUUCAGCACUGCUAUUACUCACAACUUUUAAUCCGUUGUGUUGUCGCUGGCCUUCAUGGGGUGUUCAUGUUUCAAGCCUCACAUACCCAAAAUAUGAUUACUUGCACAGCCCUAAUACAAAUGGUAAAUGGUCUGUACUUGUAUUGUGCUUUUUUAUUUAAUUUAUUUAUUUUUUUAACCUUGAUGAUUCUACAAAGCGCUUUACACCAUGUCUCAUUCACCCAUUCACACACACACACUCACACACCAAUGGUAGCAGAGCUGCCACGCAAGGCACUAGCCUGCCAUCGGGAGCAAUUUGGAGUUCGGUGUCUUGCCCAAGGACACGUCGGCAUUUGGAGUCACGUAGGCCGGGAAUCGAACCGCCAACCCUAGGAUUAGUGGACAACCCGCUCUACCAGCUGAGACAAAUCUGCCCCUUAAUUCCCAGUUCUAAACGGGUUUCACAAAACAAAAAGCUGUGAAAUAAUAUUGUUGUUUUUGUUUUUUGGCAUGCUCGAGAUUGUUGAGUGCUUUUUAGGGUCUUUUAGGGAUCCUAAGGGGUUGAUGCACCACCAUGUCCCCCCUCUGCGCUCACUGCUGUGUGCUCGUCCAUUCCGCUGACUUAAAUCUAACAGUGUGCACAUUAAUAAGCCUGAUUCUGAGCCUCAUGAGUGCUGCGCUGUCACUGUUCAGACUAAAACCGAAUCUCUUUUCAGCAUUGGCUUAAUCAAGAAGGGGAGGAAGCUGCUCCUCCCAUCUCAUUUCUUUUUCCUCCCUCCCUCCUUCUUUCUCUCUCUCUCUCUCUCUCUGUCUCUCUCUCUCUCUCUCUGUGUCUCUCUGUGUCUCUCUCAAACUCCCAGUCACUGUAGUGUUGCUUCCAAGGGAACAGCAGCUCUGAAUCCAAACACUAGUGGACGCGAUGCUGGAGAGGGCAGUGCCUUUGCUGUUUUGAAUCGAGGAGACAUAUCAGUGCGUGCGUGCCAGAGUGCAGUCGCUCCCACGUUCUCUCCACUGUUCCUCCGCUCUUUUUUUUUUUUUUUUCCUCCCUCCUCCUUGCUCUUACUUCUGCAGGGACGUGUAGCUUUUUCUCUGUCUGUCUCUCGUGCGUAUUAUCUGUGCACUCGUGUUGAGGAGAUGAUCGGGGUAAACAGCGUUCAGGGCACGGGGAAGGUGCGCAUGCGGGCCAGCGGGUCGGUCAAGUACGGCAGGGAGGAGUCGGUCCGGCGACAGCCCCAGCACCGCUCCAAAUCCCUGAAAAUGUCCAACUCGACCGAAUUCACCACUGUGCAGCCCAAGAAGGACAAGGCAUUGUACAACUCAAUCAAGAACGAGAAGCUGGAAUGGGCAAUUGACGGGGACGAGUUGAAGAAAUCGCUGUCUGAGCUCGCGGACACAAAGAACGACAAUGCCCACACGAAGAGCAUCAGCAGGAUCAGCAGCAGCAGCAACCCUUUCCUGGAUAUCGCCCAUGACCCCAACGCUGCUGUUUACAAAGCAGGCUUUCUGGCUCGUAAAAUCCACGCUGACAUGGAUGGCAAGAAAACCCCUAGAGGAAAGAGAGGCUGGAAGACAUUUUAUGCUGUUCUCAAAGGCAUGAUCCUGUAUUUACAGAAGGAUGAGUACAAACCUGAGAAGGCCCUGUCCGAGGAGGACCUGAAGAACGCCAUCAGCGUGCAUCAUGCCCUGGCCAUAAAGGCAGUAGAUUACGAGAAGAAGCCCAACGUGCUGAAACUGAAGACAGCCGACUGGAGAGUCUUCCUCUUUCAAGCCCAGAGCCCUGAGGAGAUGGAGUCCUGGAUCAGAGUCAUCAACUCGGUGGCUGCCAUGUUUUCCGCACCCUCCUUCCCCGCUGCCAUCGGGUCGCAGAAGAAAUUCAGCCGCCCGCUGCUGCCAGCCACCACCACCAGGAUGUCACAGGAGGAGCAGCUGAAGUCGCAUGAGGCCAAGCUGAAGCACAUCUCCACAGAAUUAGCCGAGCACAGGUCCUACCCUCCAGACAGGAAGGUCAAAGCCAAGGAGGUUGAUGAAUACCGCCUGAAAGAGCACUACCUAGAAUUUGAGGAAAACCGUUACGAGACGUACGUGAAGCUGUUGAAGGACGGCGUGAAGGAGGUUCUGACUGCUAAAGAGAACGAUGCAGCUCUGAAGAAAUCCCAGUCCAGCCCACACCUCAACCAGGAGUCCCAGCCGGCCGCGGCCAAAAUCAAGCGCAACACGUCCGAGAGGAAGGACUACCGUCCCGAGACGCCCAAAGUCACAUAGACGGCGUGUCUUUCUCCACCCCUCUUGAAAAACAAGAGCCAUUCUUCACAACAUGUGAAUAUAUUCUAGUGUAAUUUAUUCUCUGCCACUGUUGUAAACGGAAAACUGUUGUGUAAAAUGUAAUCGAAUCGAUACUCGUCCUCUUUAGAUCGACUGGUGCUCGUGUAGCUGUUUGUAGGAGACAUUACUUACAUCCGUGUGGUCCUUUUUCGUUUGGUUUCAGUGUCGUUGACAUCGUCGCAGUUGUCAUUGUCGUGAUGAGCGUGUGAUUUAUUUUUUUUUCCUUGCGAGACGGUCGCUCGGGUCGUUCCCGCCGUGUCGCGUCUCGAAACAUGAUUUGCCUUUCACUCGAGACGAGUAGUGCUUUCUCGCCUACGGUUUAGAACCGAUUUCCACAGCAGUUUCUUUGUGCAUACAGUAGGCAUUAGACGCGUUCUUUCUCUGAAGGUCGUUUUAGUAUGGAAAUGAAGUGAACAUUAAAACCAGUUUCUAGGCAAGUAAGGCUUCCGGAGAGAACGGACAGGAGGCUCGAAUGCUUUUCUCCUAAUCGAGAGGAACGUUCUUUAAGGACCGCCGAGAUUUUUAUUUUUUCAUUACAGUGAUGCAUCAGGAUGUGAACACAGGAACACCGUGCGUCGGGUCAUGAUCAACAACUCAGCGGUUUAAUUCUUUAUUACUAUAGCAAAACGAAGAGAUACCCAAAUCUCUCUCACUCUCACAGUCUC